CCCGAGCGAUAUCUCGGUCAUUCAACCCGAAAGCCAAGCGACGGAUCUGACGUCACAUAAUAGGCUGAAACUCAUGGGUCAAUCAAUUCACUAAACGUUGAAUCAGAAGGAACUCAUAUCACUCGCCUUCAUCCACGCAAACAUGAGCGACCAACCGCCCCCAUCCUCAGGCCUGCCAGACUACUCUGAAGUCGACAAAGCCAAAACCGACUCCGUUGCCGAGGAAAACCUGGAUACAACGCCGUCCGUCCCUUACUCGUCUCACUCCCUCAAAGUCGACUAUCAAUGGCGAAAGAAGGAAGUCAAAAUCAGCAUGGCGAGUGACACGACAGACAAACCUGUCUACAUCGCCGACUACCACUGGAUGACCAACCCCACUCUCGUCAUCAAGCGAUGCAGCGACGACCUGACCAUUGGGACUGGAAACAGUCAAGCGAUCUCUAUCAAUCCUUCGUAUACCUUUGGCGAUUACAAUGGAGAGCUUCGAGCCUCCAGUCGGUUCCUCACCCGAUACACGUUUGAAUCCCAGCACUACAAGGUGAAGCCGGAAAUCUUGCACUGGAGUGCCAAUAUGGGCAUCAAGAAUUGGGAUUUCACCUGCUUUGACAAGGACGAGGUCCCAGUCGCCAAAUUCCAUUCCAAUGUCUGGUAUAUCAAGAAAAUUGGACUCUUGGACUUUUACGAGCCUUGCGAUGAGAAUCAAUCGCUUCGAGAGGAGAUCAUGGUGGUCGCGAUGACUAUGUACAAUCAAAUGUUGAUCAGGAUCAAUAGUCCUCUGAGUAUUCUGGGAAUGAUUCCGAAUCCCAAGCCUCAUAAGGAGGAGGAGGUCAGUAGCUCUUAGAAGAGGGCAUGUAUUGUAUCCAGUCUCGUCA